AUUUUUUGAUGUUUUCGAACCUACUUAGCGUAAAUUUGGUAUGUUAUUAGUUUAGCUGAGGUAGUAGAUGCAGAUGUUACCGAUAUUAUUAUUAAUACGAGUCGCAGUAACUUGAACAUUCUGUAAUAUUCUGUACAAAUGAAAAUCGAACGACAUCCAACGAUAAUGGUCGUCAAUCAAUGUGUUAUCUAACAAUAGCGGUCAAUCAAAAAACGUGAAAUAGCUUUUUCUUAUGCCUUUGUGGAUAAGUGAAUUAUCCGUGGUCAGAUUUUACUAUUCUCUGACUUUUAAUUUUUACAUAUUGAUUUAUUUUUCGAUAUUUUGAUGGUUUUAUAUUACGUACCAAAAAUCCCUUCGAAAAAAUUGGUAAAAAUGGAGAAAAUCUGACCAAAGAUUUCAAAAGUUACACGAAACGUUUUUCAAUAUUUUUUUCUAGAUCUAAAUUGUCACCAUACGUGCGAAAAAUAUUACAAGAGUUGCACGUGUGCUAAUAAUAAACCAAUUUCAGUGGAAGGAUCCGCGAUCAAAUGAUAAACAUAAAGAACUUAUACGUUACCAUAGUAACCCUUUGAUUGUGCGAUUUUAUCAAGAGACGAUUGGACUUGUAUGUCUUAAACGGAAUUGAUAACGGCAUAAUAUUGGAGUAUACACGAGGACCAAGAGUUCAGCAUCACCAUUCAACGGCCAAGUAUUGGCUGUCCUACAGCCAGCGAGCAACGGCGACAGACAAAGAAUACUGACUACUGAGAUAUUAUGACAACACGUCAUCAUGGACAAUGGCAGGCGAUUUGUAAAAACCGUCAGCAAAAAGCAUUUUUUGGACGUGAUCUUAUUCCUGUUUCUAUUGGGGAUGAUAGCUAUGUAUUUUCGCUUCAACAUAUUCCACAUAUUACCGUACAUGUAUCCUAAACCAUUAUCGGUUUGGUGUUUGGUGACGCAUAUACUGCCUUUUACGUUUGUUGUUUUUAAUAUGCUAUCAAAUUUCUGUGCCAUUAUAUGCACUGAUUCAUCGAUAUUUGACCGAUUACUUCCUAUAUCCACAUGUAUAGGUAUAUAAAAUACAAAUUUAAGUAAUAAUCUUAAUGGUUUUUAAUAUAGUAUAUGUAUACAUUUUUUUUUUAGAAAAUUAUAUUGGGUUCUGUGAUAUUUGCCUGUGCGAUAUACCCCCAAGAUGCUCACACUGUGAUGUAUGUAACGUUUGCAUAUUAACCAGAGAUCAUCACUGUCCAUUUAGUAUGACAUGCGUGGGCCACUAUAACAGGCGUUAUUUCUUAUGGUUUUUGCUAUAUAUGUCUGCAGCAUGUUUUUAUGAGAUUGUCCUGAUAAGUUAUUAUAUGUACAAUGAGGUAACCAUUCAAAUGACAGAUUUAAUAGUUUUAUUCUGGCCAAUUCCGAAGAUAAUCACUUUUUAUUUAAAUACAGCCCAAACUUGUAUUGUUUUACUGAUAUUUAGUAUUAUAGGUGUAAUUUACUCUUCAUUGUUAUUCAUUUUUCAUUUAAAUAAAGUAUGCAAAGGUCUGGUGUGCCGUGAAAAACAAGAAAAGAAUUACGAUUUUGGAUUAGUAAAAAAUUUAGAAUCAGUCUUUGGAGAAAAAUGGUAUAUAACAUGGAUUUCACCAUUUAUCAAAUCAAAGUUACCUUAUGAUGGAUUUAAUUGGCCUCUGCCAAUGUUUCUUUAUAAUCAUUAAUCAAUAUAAAAAAAAAUCUUAACCUGAUUUUUGUAUAGUUUUUAAUGUACAUAUUUAUUAGGUAUUAUGCCUUUGUUAAUAUUAAAAUAAACUUUGAUGUAUGAAUUUAAAUACACUCAGUGAAACUCUAUACUACAUUUUUGUUUCAAUGGAUGAUUAUAUACAUGGAUAAUUAUACAUAAGUGGAUGUUUUAUUUAACUGUCAAUACAAGAUAUAUUAAUAAAUGUAUAUG